AUGCUGGCGCUCAAUAUCGUGGCGUUAUUGUUCGCGCGACUACUGUACGGAGAUACUUCGGCAGGUCUACCCGGCGACACAACACUACCACCACAACGCGAAUUCUUUUACGUUGGCGGGGAGUAUAAGGACGUUUUGAUCGGAAAUACCACCGCGCAAUACAUGGUAAACCAAAUCUACGUCGAGAAGCUUAUCCCAUCAAAGCCAACCCAGGAACAUCCCCUCGUUUUUAUGCAUGGAACGGGUCAGACUGCGACAAACUUUCUCGAUACACCAGACGGUCGAACAGGCUGGGCUUCUUUCUUCCUAUCGUACGGGUACACCAUUUACCUCAGCGAUCAGCCAUCCCGCGGACGCUCUCCAUGGCUUCCCACUACUGGAACAAUGGCAAGCUCCAGCACAACCUUGAUCGAACAACUCUUCACCUCACCCUCAUCCCACGAACUUUGGCCCCAGUCAAAGUUGCAUACCCAAUGGCCAGGGGCGGGGAAGGUGGGUGAUCCUAUCUUCGACGCCUUCUAUGCAAGUCAGGUCCAAUACCAAGCCGACAACAUCAUUUCCGAGGAAGAGAAUGCGAAAUCGUAUACUGCACUCCUCGACAAGAUUGGUCCAGCCCACGUCAUUGCGCACAGCCAGGCUGGUGCUUAUGGAUGGCGUGUUGGAGAUUUGCGACCGCAGCUCGUGAAAAGUAUCGUCGCACUCGAACCUGCUGGACCACCCUUCAUUGGCCGCAUUUUCGGUUCAGGCCCCGCACGGCCGUAUGGUAUCAGCGAGCUGGAAGUCGCGUAUGAACCGUCUGCAGGACCCAAUGCGACGUACAUUCAAACUGUAGUUCUGCCAUCGAAGGAUGCCAAUCACAGCGAGUGCAUCAUGCAAGACGAACCGGCGAAGCAGUUGGUGAAUCUAGCGCAGAUACCGGUGCUGACUGUGACUUCGGAGGCGAGCUAUCACGCCAUGUACGACCAUUGUACUGUGGACUACUUGAGACAGGCGGGUGUAGAGGUGGAGCAUCUGAAGUUGGGCGAAGAAGGGAUCCAUGGUAAUGGGCAUAUGUUCUUCAUGGAGAAGAACAGUUUGGACAUUGCGGAAAGAGUCUUGGAUUGGCUCCGAAAGCACUGA